CUUCUGCCUUCAGGUGGAGGCACAACAGUGGACCUUUUAUUGACAGGUCGCAGGACGGUCUGACACAUAUCAUCUCAAAUGCUUGUUUAGGCGAUGCCGGAGUUUACGAGUGUCAUGUUUACGAGGUUCGUCCAUCUUCAACUCCACGGUAUUAUGAGACUAAUAGUAAGAGCAUGUCCAUCGGGAAGGUGGGGGACGGACAAUAGCUGCUCUUUCAUAUGUCCAAUUUGCUACAAUGGCGGCAUUUGCCAUGAUAAAUCUGGACAAUGCAUUUGUGCACCAGGAUUUAAAGGCAACCACUGCGAAGAAGUUCUUGGACGUGAUGUCUUUGCUCAAGAUGGCAGCCAUUACUGCAUGGGUUCAAGAGAUCCCCAUGGUAACGGUUGCCGAGGAAAACUUUUCUGCCUGCCUGAUCCGUAUGGAUGCUCGUGUGCAGCAGGUUACAAAGGACUUGACUGUAUGCAAGAAUGUGAAGAAGGGACCUACGGAGCUGACUGCAAACAAACAUGUCACUGCGCCACCAACGUCACAUGUUUCAAGGACACAGGGGAAUGUCAGGGUGAUUGUGCUUUCACAUAUUUUGGAGUGAACUGUCAACAAACAGCUUGUCCAGUGGGGAGGUUUGGCGUUGACUGUCAGCAAUCAUGCCAUUGUGCUUCAAGCACUGCCUGUCAUCAAGACACAGGAGAGUGUGAUGGACCUUGUGCUGCAACUUACUUUGGACCUGGCUGUCAACAUACAGAUUUCAACGGCGUGAGAGAACUUGUUUUGCAUGCGACUGAUAACCCAGACAAAUUGUUCGUCAUGUGGAGUAGAGAUAGCUCGUCCUUCUACACCAUUGCGUAUGAGUUGAUCAAUAGAGGGCAGUGUGAACCAAUCGAAUCACCAAAGCGAGUCUUGGUCCCCGACGUCAUCAAUGGAGAUACCACGUCAUUCACACUGAGUGGUUUGGAACCGGCUUCAUUGUACAGAGUGUAUGUUCAGUCACACUAUGGUGUUGUCAGUAUUUUACCAACAGAGGCAUUUACAACGGCUUCAACAAUCCAAAAAUCAGAUCCUUUACGAGUUGAGGGUUUAACAGUCACCGUGACACCGGAAGGUUUUACCGUGAGCUGGCAACCAGUGCAAUGUGCCGAUGAGUAUUGCUUAAUAGACGAUCUCAUUAAGAUGGGAGAAUGUGACACUGCGAUACAGCCACGAGAGGGCGUUCAUCCCUUGGUAACCAACGAAACAUCAGUGACGUUACAUCCUGUGGAAGCCUUCUCUACAUACAGGAUCGGCGUUCUUGCUAUGAUUGGCGAUUACAACGGGUCAGAGGUCACCGUUGACGUCAUUUCAUCUUCCGCAGCACCAGACCCACCCGAAGGUUUAUCUCUAGCCUCAUCUACCGCAGACACGCUCCUAUUUACAUGGAACGAUCUUCAAUGCGUGGAGUAUCGUGGAGUGUUUGAAGGGUACAGGUACAACAUGCAGGACGCAGCCACAAACGCCAUCGUAGCGUCAGGUACAACAUUGGUGUCAGAAGUGGGAUUCGCCGGGCUUGCUCCCUGUCACGUCUACUCGAUGAAAGUUGCUGCGAUUUCUUCCGGGGUACAAGGCCCUUAUUCCGAACCGUUGGUUAUGAUGACGGGUGGAAAAGCACCAGGUCCUGUCUCAGAUAUAAAGAUCCUCGAUUCAUCCGCCAACGGAUUAACCAUAUCGUGGCAACCGCCUCUACCAAACGGUUGUGAGGUUAAUGAAUACGAAAUCCACUAUGUCACUAACACCCGGAACAUCUGUGGGACGGACGCUGAGGAACAACCCGGACACUCAAGCGUUUCGUCGGCUAGAAACUCGACUGUUUUAACUGGCCUGCUAGCUGGUACUCAGUACCAGGUGUACGUAACGGCAACUAAUUCAGCUGGUAGUGGGCCACAGCUGGCGGUAAUCUUCUCCACUGAAGAUUCAGCUCCAACCACUCCACCUGAGGAUGUUGCCAUCUUCUUUACGAGUCAGAGUCUUGGGUUCUCCUGGAGUGAACCUCCGUGUAGACAUCGUGGAGGACUCAUCUCCAAGUACACCUACAGGCUGACCUACAAUGACAGUAGCCAACAAGAGAUCCUGACGACAUCACAAGAAACAACCAAUGAAUGGACGCUAUUGGGAGGGCUGGUGCCUGACACGAACUACUGCUUCCAAAUUGCAGCUUGGACGAGUGCCGGGAAAGGGCCAGAAAGUACAUGCAUUCGCGCCAAAACAGACAAAGUAGUGACCCCACCGUCAAUUAAUAAUACCGGGCCCAUCACUGGACAAUUUGUCUCUGCGGCUCCUGCUAGCUUCCCUGCAGCUGCAGUUGUCAUUGCACUCGUCUGUCUCGUCCUGGUCAUCGUCGUUGUCAUCGCUGUCGUGAGGUUUAAGAGGAACGCAUCUUCAAAGAGUCGAGGUCAAGUUUUGUGGCACGCCAGAGAAGACGGGCCGGAUACUAUGAUCCUGUCAGAUGUCAGCUCAUAAGUAAACAUCAUACAUUUAGAGCGUUAUCAUCCGGCCACCACCAUGCUCCCUGUAUCCACCUACAGUAAUGGAUCCCAUGUACAAAAAGGAACCAGACUAAUUUUUCCUUCCAGCCUCGGUUUGGUUAUAUUGAUUUGAAUUGGAGAAAAUUAAGAAGGCUGCAUCAUGAUAAUUGUCUAUUGAAUCCAGUAAUGCAAAUAGCCUGAAAUGUAUAUUAAUACUACAUGUACAGAAGUUAGUUUUAUAGUAAGCUAAUACUGCUAGGAGUAUACAAUUAAUAGAAAUCUAACCGAAUUUGUUGUUAUCUGUGAAAUUUUGAGCUCAUUUGGUCGUCGAAGUUGCGUCCAGAUGCUUGUUUUCUAGAACUCAAACUACUCAACUGACCCACUUUAGCGGGAGCCGUUUCUCACAAUGUUUUAUACCACCAACCUCUCCCCAUUGCUUGUUACCAAGUAAGGUUUUAUGCUAAUAAAUAUUUUGAGUAAUUACCAAUAGUGUCCACUGCCUUUAAGCACUUCGAGGCCUACAGCAUAAAGUGCUCGCUUCACGUGAUGCAUUCCCGGCUGAGAUGUUGAGACCUUACAUCGUAUACAAACACAGAGUCGCAUUGUAGGCUUUUAAAGUAACUAUUUAGUAUUUUCUUCAAGUCUUAAAUUAAAGAUAACCUUCGCACAAAUUAAAGAAGACAACACAUGUCAUGUAUUUAUUUUAUUUUAUUUUAAUCAGCAUCCGAACAGCGCAAGUGCAAGUAACAGGAUUGAUAAAAAUAUUUCAGAAACAGUAAUGUAGGGUAAAGCCUAACUUAUAAAACCCCCAAAUAAAGGAAAUUUUGUUCAUA